UGUAAUUAUGAAUUUUUAGCCAUUAUUUUCUUAUUCUCAUUCUUUUCCUAAUAACCUGGAUAUGGAAUCUCCGGUAUUUUGUUUGAAGAUGGAGGAAAUUCAAAGCAAAUUGAUCUCUUUGUAACCUUCUGAGCUACCCUUUUCAACAUUGGGUCUAUUGCCUACUCUUCAUUUCUUCUUCAAAUUUGGCUAUAAAUAUAAUUCAUUCUUUUUUUUUCCUUUUAUUUUGGCUCUGGUGUUUUAGAAUUCUGUUGUAAUUAUCAAAUUAUAUAAAUUAGAUUAAAAUUUACUACGUUGGCUCCCGUUUGGUUUUUGGAAUUUUGAGAUUUGCAGCAAAUCCUCUGCUUUGCUUCCUGUUGAAUUCAUGACAGAACGUCAGAAUUUGAGAUCUCUUUAGUUUGAAAUGAUGAAUGCCAUUUGUGGGUUGUCCUAGAACAGGCUGUUUGGUCCAGAAAAAGGCAGGACUUUGGGGAUUUGUUCGAGGCCUGUGAUCUGUUCUCACAGCUUGAGAUUUGAUUUGAUUUUUUUUUGCUCUUUAAUGGAAUUAUCAAGGACCUAUUUUGAUGUUGGAAUUCAUAAGAGAGAGUUGAUAAUAAGGACCUGAGGAUUGGGAAAUUUUGAUGGGGAACACAUGUGUAGGACCAAAUAAUCUGGGUGCGGGUGGAUUCUUGCAAUCUGUUACACAGGCGGUUUGGCGGCAAAGGCCACCUGAGGACCGGUUACCUCCACCUAAUGAUGAUAACAGUAACCAAAAAGGUCAGGAAAAUGCAGUUUCUGAUGAAUCUAAAUCCAAGAGCUCUGGCGGUUCUCAAGGUUCUGGUGCAAUCCAGAACAAACCCCCUGAACCAGUCAAGAUCACCAAUGAGGAAUCUAAGACGGUUGAACCAGAGAAACCAGGAAAAAGAGAGGUUACUGAGGAGGGUAAUAAGGCUUCAGAUGAAUCGAAAGCCAAAAAGCCACAUCAUAUGAAGAGGGUGUCAAGUGUGGGGUUGCAAAUUGAGUCAGUGUUAGGAAGGAAAACUGGGAAUUUGAAGGAUACAUAUAGCUUGGGGCGGAAGCUAGGGCAAGGGCAAUUUGGAACAACAUUUUUGUGUGUGGAGAAGGGCACUGGAAAAGAGUUUGCCUGCAAAUCCAUUGCCAAGAGGAAGUUGACCUCAAAAGAGGAUGUGGAGGAUGUUAGGAGGGAGAUUCACAUUAUGCACCAUUUAGCAGGUCACCCCAAUGUGAUACAAAUCAUUGGUGCUUAUGAGGAUGCCAUUGCUGUUCAUGUUAUUAUGGAGCUUUGUGCAGGUGGGGAGCUUUUUGAUAGAAUUAUUCAGAGAGGGCAUUAUACAGAGAGAAAGGCAGCUGCGCUUGCAAGGAUAAUAGUUGGUGUUAUCGAAGCAUGCCAUUCUCUGGGUGUUAUGCACCGAGACCUAAAGCCUGAAAAUUUCCUAUUCAUUAACCAUGAAGAGGAGUCACCACUUAAAACAAUUGACUUUGGACUCUCAAUGUUCUUCAAGCCAGGUGAAACAUUCAGUGAUGUGGUAGGAAGUCCCUAUUAUGUGGCUCCAGAAGUGUUGCAGAAGCACUAUGGCCCGGAAUGUGAUGUUUGGAGUGCUGGAGUGAUCAUUUAUAUUUUACUUAGUGGAGUCCCCCCAUUCUGGGAUGAAACGGAGCAAGGGAUAUUUGAGCAGGUGUUGAAAGGUGAACUUGACUUUAUAUCAGAGCCAUGGCCUAGUAUCUCUGACAGUGCAAAGGACUUGGUCCGAAGAAUGCUUUUAAGGGACCGCAAAAAGAGGUUGACAGCCCAUGAAGUUCUUUGUCACCCUUGGGUUCAGUUGGAUGGUCUUGCUCCAGAUAAGCCUCUUGAUUCUGCGGUCCUAUCUCGUUUAAAGCAAUUUUCUGCAAUGAACAAGUUGAAGAAAAUUGCCAUCAGAGUCAUUGCUGAUAGCCUAUCAGAAGAUGAAAUUGCUGGCCUGAAAGAAAUGUUUAAGAUGAUAGACUCAGAUAAUAGUGGACAAAUCACUCUAGAUGAACUGAAAACUGGUUUGGAAAAAGUUGGUUCUAAUCUCAAGGAUUCUGAGAUUAAUGGAUUAAUGCAAGCGGCAGAUAUUGAUAACAGUGGUACCAUAGACUAUAGGGAGUUCAUAGCGGCCAUGGUUCAUCUAAACAAGAUCCAGAAAGAGGAUCAUCUGUUUGUGGCUUUCUCCUACUUUGACAAAGAUGGGAGCGGAUACAUCACUCAAGAUGAGCUCCAACAGGCCUGUGAGCAGUUUGGCUUGCACAAUGUUCGCUUAGAAGAUAUAAUACAAGAAGUUGACCAGGAUAAUGAUGGGCGCAUUGAUUAUAGUGAGUUCGUGGCCAUGAUGGAAGACACGGGUUUAGCCAUAAAGCAUAAAACAUUCAAGAGUUGAUACCUCAUCUUGGUAUGCUGAGACCGCAUAAUCCAAAUUAAACUUUACAUUCUAACUGUUAUUUUCUCUUUUAUAAUUGCAUUAAAACUGGAAUCCAAAUUGUUGUAUACAUUGUUCAGGCUUCAGAGAGAAAGGGAGAGCGAGUUGCUUUCGUGUUUAUUCAGUAAUUCUGUUAGGUAUGCUAAGUUAAAUUAGAUAUCAAAGUUUUCAAUCAGAGAAUCCGUGUAUUGAUCGCAAAGAAGAAAAGAAAAUGAUUGUCCCACUGUUGUGAUUUUACUCUAUUCUUCUUCUGUUAUGUAAAACAAAGGGAAUUUGAAUUUGAUGAUGGGAACUGCUUUCUCAAGUCUUAACCCUACUCUGACAUAUUGUUUUUGCUAUUUGGAAGCUCUCUUCUAUGAAACUGAUUACCACGAGGAAUGGAUUAUGUAACCAUUCAUUCAGGCUCAUCAGAGAGCUCUUUACAUCUGCCUACAAUUUCGAUUAUAUAACAUGAGAUCUUUGAGGCAAUCCCUGCUGUGAUCUAUCAAAUUAGACAGUGAUUUCCAAUGUAUGUCCUGGUGAUACUACUGCAAGUCUGAAUAUUGUUUGCACUUACGAGUACAUUAAAUGAAUCUUACUACAAGAAUGACAAUUCUCUCGUUUCAGGGUUCAGUCAUAAAGCUCCCACUAUGCUCCCAAAUAACAAUUUCCUCAGCUGAAAACAUAACCUUAAGCUAUGUUUCUAGCAUCAGAUGCCAUCCAAUGCAAUGUUUCACCAUUUAUGUCAUGAUUUGCAUCUAAAAUUUACAGGUACUUGGUAGCCAUGUCCAACAUGAAUCCUCUCGCUAGCAGCUCUUUUAGAAAAUGUAAAUUCUUCAAUGUUCUCUGUCUAGUAGGGAUGCUCGCGAUCGGUGAGGUCAACUCAAUCGUGCGGUACUUCA